CAGAAAAGUUGAAAACAUGAAUUUUUCCUGGCGCACAUUUCCAAAACUCUUUGUUGUUAUACCAAUACUGCACUAUGUGCUCUCACUGUGUGUGGAUGCCGAGUCCAAGGAGCACAAGCGUUUGAAGGAGUUGGAAAAGGCCAAAAGAAAAUCUAUAACCAUUGCCAAAUCAAUGGAGGGCCAGAAAAAUUAAAGCUGGGCACCCUGUAUGACUCACAAAUGAAUGCAACUGUUCAUGGCGAGGCAGCAAAUGCGCAAAAAUUAUCCCCCAGCCGAAAAAAAGAGGCAGUAACAACAACAACAACAGAAUUAAAGGAAGAAAACAGAAUUUAUAUUGACAAGCGUUUCCAAAACGGAAGCAGAAGUCAAGGUGCAAACCAAAAUCUUUACACCUGUUCGAUCAUGAAGAUCUGCCAGUCUGCAGGUCUGCGGGUCUGUUGGUGAGCAGAAAGCGUGUAGGAAUCGAACUGUGGAAAUGGCGCCGGGACACGACACCGACACGCUGCCAAAAUUGAAACGCUCAUAGUUUUUAAUGUAAUUUCGACUGACCGGCGAUAAUACAAAAUUAAAGAAUAUACUCCGUAUUAAGGAUAGGGUAAGACGGACAUGCAAACUGA